UAGCUGCACUGUGGAGGACCGCACUCGUCUUCUUUUUGGCUGCGAGAGGCCCGGCCGCCGUGGCUGAGCUGGAAGAAAGAUGGCGGCCGCCGUGCGACAGGAUUUGGCCCAGCUCAUGAAUUCAAGCGGCUCUCAUAAAGAUCUGGCGGGCAAGUAUCGUCAGAUUCUGGAAAAAGCCAUUCAGCUAACUGGUGCAGAACAACUAGAAGCUCUGAAAGCUUUUGUGGAAGCAAUGGUAAAUGAGAAUGUCAGUCUUGUAAUCUCAAGACAGUUGCUGACUGAUUUCUGCACACAUCUCCCUAACCUGCCUGAUAGCACAGCCAAAGAAAUCUAUCAUUUCACCUUGGAAAAGAUCCAGCCUAGAGUCAUUUCAUUUGAGGAGCAGGUUGCUUCCAUAAGACAGCAUCUUGCAUCUAUAUAUGAGAAAGAAGAAGACUGGAGAAAUGCAGCCCAAGUGUUGGUGGGAAUUCCUUUGGAAACAGGACAAAAACAGUACAAUGUAGAUUAUAAACUGGAGACUUACCUGAAGAUUGCUAGGCUCUAUCUGGAGGAUGAUGAUCCUGUCCAGGCUGAGGCUUACAUAAAUCGGGCAUCAUUGCUUCAGAAUGAAUCAACUAAUGAACAGUUACAGAUACAUUAUAAGGUAUGCUAUGCACGUGUUCUUGAUUAUAGAAGAAAAUUCAUUGAAGCUGCACAGAGAUACAAUGAGCUUUCUUACAAGACAAUAGUCCAUGAAAGUGAAAGACUAGAGGCCUUAAAACAUGCUUUGCACUGUACCAUCUUAGCAUCAGCAGGACAGCAGCGUUCUCGAAUGUUGGCUACUCUUUUUAAAGAUGAAAGGUGCCAGCAACUUGCUGCAUAUGGGAUCCUAGAGAAAAUGUACCUAGAUAGGAUCAUCAGAGGAAAUCAACUGCAAGAAUUUGCUGCCAUGCUGAUGCCUCACCAAAAAGCAACUACAGCUGAUGGUUCCAGCAUCUUGGACAGAGCUGUUAUUGAACACAAUUUGUUGUCUGCAAGCAAAUUAUAUAAUAAUAUUACCUUUGAAGAACUUGGAGCUCUUUUAGAGAUCCCUGCAGCUAAGGCAGAAAAGAUAGCAUCUCAAAUGAUAACAGAAGGACGUAUGAAUGGAUUUAUUGACCAGAUUGAUGGAAUAGUUCAUUUUGAAACACGAGAAGCCCUGCCAACAUGGGACAAGCAGAUCCAAUCACUUUGUUUCCAAGUGAAUAACCUUUUGGAGAAAAUUAGUCAAACAGCCCCAGAAUGGACAGCACAAGCCAUGGAAGCCCAGAUGGCUCAGUGAACCCUUACAGAACUUCUGUACACACUACAUCUUUUUCAUGUUGUGCAGAUUGAUUUCACUUUCCCUCCAAAGCAUUUGCAUCAUGACCUUAUACAUUUCAACCCCUUUUAUGCUGGAUUCCACUUAAAGAAGACAUUAGAGCAGGAAGUACAAGCAUUUAAAAAUAUGUAGUUCCCAUAUAUUCAGGGUCCAUGUAUUGAGCUAAUUCAGAUGUUUUGGAAGCUUUUUCUUUAAACAAAGGUAAAAAUAUAUGGCUAAAAAGUUUGGGAUUUGUGAUAACUUUGUAGUCAUGUAAACUUAAGUGCUUUGUGCCUCUCCAAAUGUGGUUAUUCUAAUAAAUGGAGAAAUGAGCCAAAUAAAAGUAGUUCU